CUCGGCAUCACAGACAGCCUUUGUGCUUAGGUGUGGGAAAAAUCCGUGACGGACUACAAAUAUCUGUUAGCGGAGGCUUCUCUUACAUCGUUCUUGAAACUGAUCACGUGACUGCUGUGCAACUUUUAUCUUCUUUUGUUUAUGAUUCUCAUUUAGCACUUUCAUUUGGGACUGCAGGGCUGAUGAAGAAUUUUGCCCUAGUUCAUCAUGUGGUUUGGGAAGAGAACAUUUGUGCCGAUCAGUUCUCUAAAAUGGGAAUCUUCCUUUACAUUACUUUCUUAUUUUUGAAGAAUGUCCUUGUUUACACUAAAAAUAAAUUAAAAAGGGUGAGGAUACGUGUAUGUUUUCCAAGAAUAAUUGGGUUACAUUUGCAGAGAAUUAAUAAUGAGUUGAGUUUAGCCCAUAGAUAAUUUGGGCUUCAGACCAAAUGGGUUAUGAUGGGGUAGCUAGAGUUCAAGUAGGGUAAGCCUUUUAAGUAGUGAAAAUUUAACCUAAUUAGGAGAUUGUGGAGAGAUUUUAGGAAGAUUUACCUGGAUUUGAUUGGAGAUUUAUUUGGAAUUAAUCGUCAAUUGCCGAUAGGGGAAUAUUGCUCUCAAAUGUGGCCCUUUAUGGUAGGUUUUUGCAAAGGCAGAAGCGAGAAUCAUGGAGGGAAACUAUUGAGCAAGAGAGAUAAACAAAAGAGAGGAAAAGGAUUAGUUUUAGAUGACCACAAAUCACCUAACAUGUACGCAUCUUCAAUUUUCAAACUUUUUCUUUUAGAUUUUAGCAUGAUCACCAAAUUAUAGUGCAAGAUCUGCUCUUGUUUUUAGUUUUAGUUUAGGUUUUCCAUCCUUGUUUGUAUUUACCUUCAAAUAUUGCAACUUUUGUUAAUUUUUAAGGACUUAGAAGCUAUUCAAUCUUGUAAGCAGGUUUACCCCAUUGAUUUGAUUAGUUUU